UGAAGAUUUGAAUCUUUCAGUCUUACUUAAGUUAAGUUUGGCAGCAGCCCCACGGCUGCCCUAAAGUAUGCUAAUUCAAUGUUUUAUUUGCUCUAAAUAAAGGCUUUGCUACAAAGGUCUCCCGCUUCAGCUGCCAACAUGAAAUGUUUGAAAGUGGACGAGUACGUAAAGCGGAUCGCUUCUGUGGAAGAGACGGAGCAUUUACUUCAAGAACUAGAGGAUUAUGUGAAGCGUCGACCAGGCCUUCAGGGUCGCACGCUGUGUGACAGGGUCAUCAGAGCCUGUAACCAUCAACUUGGAGUUGGAUCUCUUGACUUUGACCAUGUCAGUCAGUUGGUAAAGCUAGUGGAGCUUUCCCUUAAUGGCUAUGAUAUUUCUGCAGCACUUGUUCCUCAGAGCAGUCCACUGUACAUGGAAAAGAUUAUUUUCCAUAUUGUCAAGAAGCUAAGCUCCCUAGAAGCCCACAUUCUAUGCAGCUAUGUAUCUGGGUUGCUUUACAGCAGGCUUACCACUGCACAACAGGCGGAGGACUACUAUGUUCUUUUGCGGAGCUGCUUCUCAGUGCUCUGGACUGGACUCUCUGCUGCCAAAGACAGGAAAAUCCUGAAUCCCCGGGAUAAAUUCCACUGCCAGAUGCAAGCUCUGAGCUUUCUCCUCUUGUUGGACACAGAAAGUGCAACUACCUCCUUCUCAAAAGCUCCCAUUUACACAGAGGAUGCCAUUGCUGAAUUUGAGAGUAGCUGUGGAGCGGUGACCAAUGAGGAUGCUUCCUUUCUUCUCCAGGAAGUGCGCUCACUUUUCAACAAAUGCCAGACUGGUGGUCAAGGCUUGGAGGGGGAUGAGGCCAGGCAGUGUAUUGAGAAAUCAAGUGUAUAUGUGCGUUCUGAAAUGCUGCUGAUUAUAGUUAAGGUGCUUUGUAAAGCUGGGCACUACGAUCUGGCCUCCACCUUCCUGAAUGAAACUGAGAGCAAGGUCAGGGACUGUGCUGACUGUCAGUGUACAGCUCUGUUGCUUGGCAAGUGGGUAGUAAAAGUUCAUUCAACAAUGAAGUCUGGUGAGGAGAAUGCCCAGGCUUUGACAGAGUGUGCCAGAGUCUUGAGGUCUCUCCCGGAGGACCUGGGGGGCAGAGAAGCUCAUGCAGUUCUGGAAGGGUGCGCACUCGUGGUGUGGGCUGUUGAGAAUGGUCACAACAAGGGGUUAAGUGGUCCUGUACUCCUUGCCUGGUUUUCUUUCCUUGAGGAGCAACAAGAGCUAAUUUUAAAAAUGCUAAAGAGGAAUUUGACAUGCCAGGCUGAGAGCAGCAGACUGCAACAGGCCCUUUGUUUCAGUAUUUACCAAGGCUUUGUAUUUGCUUAUGAGAGUAUGCUCGCAUCACAGUUGGAGAACAGUGAUACACUGGACAGAGUGCUGCUGUACUGCCAAGCCACAGCUGGACAGAUGAUGACUGAACUGCGCAAGCUGUCUAGUGAAAGCCUUCUCAUCAAAGCAGUUAUUGCUGUGAGCAACUUAGUUUGUGGAUUGUACAACCGGCGCCUCUAUGACCAGGCGUUCACGCUAGUUGAGAUCCUCUGCAGGGAUCUAUGCAAGAAUUGCCCUGUCUCGCUCUCUGUUGAUAGGUUGAGCAGACCCUUCAUGCUGGCUGUUCAGACUUCUCGGCGUGCUGGACAACUGGAGCGAGCACUGGACUGGGUGAUUCUGUGGCUGAAAGCUCUGGGGGACAACGUUCCUACACAUAUGGCUGAACCGGUCUCUCUUUGGGUGAAAACGAAGACUGAUGCGGCACGUAACUCUGAGGAGGACAUCCGACUCAGGACAUUGCGUGAUGGUUUUGGUCCUGACGUCCCUGAUGAAGGAGUAAUGCUGUGCCUUUUGGAGGAAGAGCUGCGUGCCUAUAAGGAGGUGGCAGGGGAUACCGCUCAGGAGCGUUACAACACACUCUGCGAUCUGUUGGACAUCUGCCAUGAAGGGAGCUCCCACACUCACCUACGUGCUGUCUACCUCUGUGAAAUGGCCCAAGUUGUGUGUUUCCAGGAUUUCAGUGAACAGACUGACUGCUCUGCAGUUGAUUUUACCCAUGAAGCUUUACGCCUACUGGAAGAAGAACGAGAGACUGCAGAGAAUGCUGACAGACUGAAGGAUGACAAGGCCCAUGCUUUACUUUGGCUGUAUAUCUGUACUCUUGAGAAGAAUCUUCAGGAGGCCAUUGAGAAGGACAAAAAGCUGCGAGAGUUGCGUGAACAGACACGGUGUGUGGCCAAUCCCAUAGGAACCAAUGAUUUUGAUUAUGAAGACAAGCAGAAGACACAAGACAACAUUAUGGUCUAUGAAGGCCUGCAUUUCAACCUGGCUGCAGAGAACAAAUUGUGCAAACCUUUGGAAAGAGCCCUGGAUGAGUGGUCUGCUCUUCUGCAGAGUCAAGUUCUGCCCUCUGUUAGGAACCCCAAACAGACCUGUAGCUCCAUUGCUUUGACUGCAGCUCUCUUCAGACUCAUGGGAAAGCCUCUAAAGGCUUUGGAAGCUUACCGACUUGCUAUUGGACUUUCACAUCAUCUUGCUGACUCCCACAGUCGUGCCAGCUUCCUCUGUCAAUCAACCAGCCUCCUUCUUGAUAUUGGUGCCCCUGAUCUGGCUUUGGGCCAGUUAGAGCAAGCAGAAAAAAAUCUUACCUCAGAUACCACUGGUGAGGGACCUUCUUCCCUCUCUAUGCUGGCCAUUCUGUUGAAAGCUCAGUACUGCUACAGCACAGGACAGGUGGACCGCGGAGUGCCCUAUCUGUGUGAAGUGCUUAAAGAAGUGAAUGAGCAGAGACAGUCAAAAAGCUGGUACCUGCUGCGUGCUCGGGCACUGCAGACAUGCAGCGCCUACCUGAGUUUGGACACAGAUGCACUGCCACAAGCUGAGCGCAGCCGUAUAACACAGCAUGGUAUAAAUAGCCCAGACAUUGCCCUGUAUGAAAGCCUGAAGCUUCUCUGCAGCCUGCUGGUCACUUUAGUGGGGAAAGGCCUGUACGGGACCAAUAGCAGCAGCUCAGAUGUGCGCUUCAUCGACCAAGGAGAUAACCUGGUGCUGAAAUGGCAGCUGCUCUCAGACCUGUUGAACUGCUCUAUGAAGAUGGUGGCUGUUCGAAGCAGCUGUGGGGCCAUCAAUGAUGCCAGGCUCCAAUGCCUAGAAGCCCUUAAACUGGCCAUCAAGCUACAAGCACUCAGCCAAUGUGCUGAGCUGCUGGUGAUGAAAGCUGAGUUGGAGCUAAUGCAAGGGGAGAGAGAAGAAAGUAGACUUGAUUUAGACAAAGUCAGAAAUCUUCUGGAACUCUGCACAGAUUUUUCUGAUCAGGUGCAGAAGACAGAGGUGAAAAUCAAACCAAGGAAAGGUCGCCCAGUGCAGAAAUCUCAGUCUCCCCUGCCUACUAUGGAGGAUGAUCUUAAGGGCAUCCUGAGCACUAGGUGGAUUGCUACAGAACCUGUAGUUAAGGAUCUGACUAGCUCCCCGCCUCUCAAAGCCCAGCCUCGCCGCUGGCUCUCCUCCCUGGCGCAUGAAUCUAACUGCCAGUGCCCCUGCUGCUCUGAGCCCUGUCUGGGCCGUGCCACUGCUCGCUGGGCUGCUACACAGGCUGAAUUGGUUCUCCAGCUGGAUCCUAAUGAAGCCAAGGCUGGUUUGAAACUUCAGUGGGCAACAUUAGCCCGCUGUAAGAGUGUCACUGCCAAACUUGGGGCAAAAUUGGCUAAACUCUUCCCUCCCUGUGGCCCCACCAAAGGCUCCUCUAAACCCUCCCUGAUGCAGGACUUGGUGGGCCGUGUGUACCUUUGCAUGGCUCUGUCUGGGCUGGAACCAAGGCUUAACAAGGUCUGUGGUAUAUGGAAAGUACUGGAAGCCGGCUUAGCAUUUGUUGAUUCCACUCCCUCUCCUGUCUUAAGACCAGUGAGAGCAGGCCUAAUGGCAACUAAAGCCAUAGUAUCAUUGAUCACCUUGGCUUCCAAACAGGGCUGCAACCCAGAGGACCUCUUCUCAAAUGCUUGGACUUGGAACACACCAAAAGAAGAUAAAGAACUGAAAUCGGAACAGAAAAUGGUGUCUUCCUCGUCCUUGCUUAAAAAGUCUAAAGAUUCUAUUAAAAACCCUGAUAUUCCCAACAAAACAAAGGAGGCAAAAAAGGUGAAGGCUGUCAAGCCCAAGAUUGAAGUGACAAGCUCCUCCAGAGGAAAGGGACUGGUUCCUAUGACACCAGUAAUGGUUAAGUCAAAGCCCUCUGUUAAAGAGCUUGGCACUUUUGACUUCAACACAGUGGUACCUACUUUGGCUUGUACUCCUGUUCAGAAGGUGAAAGCUCCUGCUUCAGCGCAGAAAGCACCGAGGACUGCCUCUAAGCUACAGUUUCAUGUGUACGAAGAAUUGUCACCAGUUCAAGACAAAGCUCAACCUGUGCCUGCCGCCCCCAGACGCACAAAGAAAUCACGUUUCAAGGUGGAGUUUAGCGAUGAGAGUGACUCAGAGGCCAAUACCCUAGCAGAGCCCAAAGAAAAAACACGUGUCCCUAAAAAGCAACCAGCCACGAGAAGAGCUGCCCACAAUUCUAAAACAGCCCCAGAUCCACCAGCAGAGAAAGUCCUGCCCAAGAGACAGGCCAAGGGUAAAAGCACUGCAGUGCCUCGGACCACGUCUUCUGAAGAUGAAAAGAGUUUGGUCUGUCAGCCUCCCUCAACAAGGCGAGGAAGAACCAGGAGGGAGCUGUCCAGGGCAGAAGCAGAAACUCUGGAAGAGCCAGACAAAAUGAGGACCAUUGAGGAGGAAAUUAAUGAAGUUCUGGACAUAAGCAUUGAGCAGCUUAGGACAUCAGACACCGAGACUGAAGACAAUCCUGCUUCAAGUAAAUAUACUGAUUUUGAGGUCUUGCGGAGGGAUAUGUGUUGUGACUUGGAAAGAGACGACUUGUCUGAACUGAGGAGUAGAGGUCAUCUGAGAGAAGGUCCACAAACCCACCUCUCUCAUCCAGACACCAGGCCAGAUAAUCUCUCUCUGGAGGAUGUUCAGUUGUUGCUGCGUUCAGCCUGGCUGGCCCUUCAACACUUCCCUUCUCCCACCAUUUACCCAACCCUCUCUACUCUUCUGGCUUUGGCACUCGGACAGCACGACCCCAUAACUACAGCCAUGCUACAUGCCCAGUCCUUGGGCAUCACAAGCCGUCAUCGCACAAUCAGGCAUUUAGCCAGUUGUCUCAAAAAGCUGAGAAAGUCGUCAAAUGAGUUGACAGACAAGAUGGAUGCUCUGAGUCUAAACGAGCUCAGUCCGACCAAAUCCAAGAAUUCUACCGAACAGAGGUUGGCUCAGUUGGAGAACAUCUUUUCCUUCCCUACUGCUGACUCCUCAUCUUUCCCUCAGAACCACUGCCAAGAGUUUAUCCAACAACUUCAACUCCUUCCCCAAGGGGUAACGGUGUGUGUGAUGUCUGUGCUUGGAGUAAAACCCGGGGAAAUGGGCAACAGCAUUAUACUGACACGUCUUGAGAAAGGAUCUGACCCUGUCACUGUUCAUAUCCCCACAUCUAAGCAGCAGGUGAUGCACCCCAUUAGUUGGCUCGUGCAGGAGAUGGACAGUAUUCAGGUGGAACAGAAGGUUGUGAGCUGUGUGUCUGAGAAAGCGAAGUGGUGGGAAGGCCGCCGGGCACUUGACUCUCGAGUUGAGCAACUGUUGAAAGACAUGGAGGAAUUGCUUGGAUGCUGGAAGAGCUUCCUUCUUCCCUUUUCAUCAGAUCCGGAGCUCUCCAAUCAGGCCCAGCGCCUUUGCAAGGCCUUGUCUGCCAGAGGAGUGAUGUGUAGUGAGGAGAUGUUGAAGGCUGUGCUGUCUGCAUUUCCUGUACUCUCCCAAGAAGACAUCCAAAGAUUUUCUCUUGGAGUUUCUCCACAGUGGGACAUGGAGUGUGACCAGCUUCUCCAUACAGCUGUGUCCCGGCUUUCAGAGAGAGACGAACCCCACGGUCAUGUGGUUCUCAUUCUGGACAAGUACCUUCAGAAGUUACCAUGGGAGAGCGUCUCCAUCUUAAAGUCUCGUUCAGUCAGUCGGAUGCCUUCUCUGCACUCACUAAUUGGACUGAGCAUUCAGAAAGAGACUGAUUCUCACUCCAUCCUGAAGCAAGGUGUGGAUACAAAGAAGGUGUUUUAUGUGCUGGACCCUGAUGCCAAUUUAGGAAACUCUCAGGACCGAUUUAAGGAAUGGUUUAGCAGUAAACUGGAUUGGGAAGGUGUAUGUGGUGUUGCUCCUGACUCAGGUCAGCUGGAAGAAGCUGUGGCAACCAAGGAUCUGUACAUUUACGUGGGUCAUGGUGCAGGCGCCCGGUUCCUAGACAGUCAGGUGGUUCUGAAACGGCAGAUGAAAGCAGCCUCUCUUCUCUUCGGCUGCAGUAGUGCUGCUCUGGCAGUGCGCGGGGAUCAGGAAGGACAAGGCAUCAUCCUCAGCUACCUCAUCGCAGGCUGCCCCUUUGUUUUGGGAAAUCUGUGGGAUGUGACAGAUCGGGAUAUUGAUCGUUUCACUAAAGCCUUGUUGGAGUCCUGGUUAUCUGCUGGGUCUGGAGCUCCCCUCCUGGAUUAUAUGGGACCAUCGCGUCAGGCUACACACCUGAAACACCUCAUAGGAGCUGCACCUGUGGUCUAUGGAUUACCUGUCCACCUGCAGUAGGUGGGCUGGUAAGCUAAAACUCUGCUAAAAGUAGGAUGUAAACAAUCUGUGCAGUAUUUAAACAAUAUUAUUUCAGUACACACGCUGGAGGAUGUGACUUUAACUUGAUGACCAGUCAAAAUUUUUUAAGUUUUAGCAAGAUUAAUGUACUGCAUUUUCUUAAUUUAAACCAAUGCUUCAAUUUUUUUUAAACCAAUGUUACUAUAGUGUGAAUGAUUUUAAAUAUCUUCCU